GGGGUGUUUCAGUGACGCAAUGGUGUGGGCGGAGCAGUUGAAGUCUCGCGUUGUUUGGCGGUGACGGGAUAUCAUGUUAGCAUAACUACUACUACGGAUGGGUGUGAGUAAGCUCGAUGUUCUCUACAGGCGACUCCUCCUCACAAAGCUCUUCAUUCAGGGAUGGGGAAAACCAGAUGACUUGAGAAGAAUAUUUGAAUUUAGGAAAACGAUAGGAAACCGGGAAAGCUGUCAACGUAUGGUUCCAAAAGACUACCCUAUAUUAAUCGACAAGGUGGAGGAACAAGCAGACUGUAAGAUCAUGAAUGGACACUUCAUAUCACCAAUGGAUCAUUACUUGCCAGGCAUCAUGCCAUCUGAAACUGUCACAGCUAGGUUUCAGUUUAUAAUUCCCAAAGAAUGGAAGAGCAAAUACAGACCUGUAUGUGUUCAUCUGGCUGGAACUGGAGACCAUUUUUACUGGCGAAGGCGCACAUUGAUGGCCCGUCCAAUGAUAAAAGAAGCCGGCAUUGGAUCCCUUCUGCUGGAAAAUCCUUACUAUGGCUGCAGGAAACCUAAAGAUCAAAAGAGAUCAAGUUUAAGGAAUGUGUCUGAUCUUUUUGUGAUGGGAGGAGCUCUGGUCUUAGAGUCCGCUGCUCUUCUACAUUGGCUGGAGAACGAGGGUUAUGGUCCUCUAGCAAUGACUGGAAUAUCCAUGGGAGGCCACAUGGCAUCAUUAGCUGUAACUAACUGGUCCAAGCCUAUACCAUUGGUUCCUUGUCUGUCCUGGUCCACAGCCUCAGGAGUUUUCACUACAGGUGUUUUAAGCAGAGCUGUGAACUGGAGGGAACUGGAAAAACAGUAUGCCACAGAAGCGGUUUAUGAAGAAGAAAUCGUCAGAAUGCUGGAAUAUUGUGGGACUGAUUCCUUUAACAUGGGGCAAGAAUUUGUGAAGAAUUCCCCAUCCAGUUUGGACAACCUGCAACACAUUGACCUUGAUGCUGACAUACAGGAUUUAAAUGUCAAAAGGCCAGGCAUAAGGACUGGAGCAGUUACUCAGCUUCACAGGGAGAAGGCCACCAUUGGUGCCUCUGCAGCAGAAGUACUGUUUCAAGAUGCUUCAAAGACCAACUGCUCCAGUUACGGAAUUAAUUCAGUGAUCACCAACAAGUAUUUACUCUACGAGAACAAUGAGCUACUAAAGAGGGGGAAGAGGAGGACCUCUCUAGAACGAGAAUCUAUGCUUUUCAUGAAAGGGGUCAUGGAUGAAUGUACCCAUGUGGGAAAUUUCUCAGUGCCAGUAGACCCAAGCCUAAUUAUAGUGGUGCAAGCUAAAGAAGACGCCUACAUCCCCAGAGUAGGAGUCCGCAGCCUGAACGAAAUCUGGCCUGGCUGCGAAAUUCGAUACUUGGAAGGGGGUCACAUUAGUGCCUACCUUUUCAAACAAGGACUAUUCAGGCAAGCUAUUUAUGAUGCAUUUGACCGCUUUCUUCAGAAGUAUACCAUCUAAUAUUGAGCCAUGGAUGCCAAGCUGUUGCCAGUCUCACAUCUUCAGGACGUUACAGGUUUCAUUUACUGCACUGCAACGACUCCAAAUUACUACUACAAGAAAAUUAAUUGUGCGGACAAUCUUAUAUUCAAGGGGUGAUUGUCAAUCAUUAAGUGUUGGUUUGGAGCCUCAGUAUUAUUGUAACACUGAAACAUGCUUUGUGUACCAUAUCUCAAGACAAAAUCUUCUUGCCCUGAGAUUUCAGUAUGUGUUGACACUGGCAAUUGCUGUUAUGUUUUCCAUAUCAAGGCUUAUUUAAUAAUAUUCACAACUAUAUUGACAGUUGCACAUCGAUCAAACAUUCCUAAUUACAUUUAAACAAAGUUCAUUACUUUUUCCCAUCAUCAUGACGGACUUCAUCCAAAACAACUAAGAUGCGCGAUUCGAUUAAAAUGAUUUGUGUCCUGAGUGGAACCAUUAUCCGCCAUUUCAAAAUCCAUCAGCUCAUCACCAUAUUUAAUUUGUCUUCUUCCUAACAAACUAUACUAUAAACCAGUUCACAUUCCCAUUAAUUAGCAUACUGUUUCUGAUUCUUUCUGACUGAUUUGAUCUGGAAUUAGUUUGUAGUUAUUCUCUCUCCUGUCACUCAUUACUCUCUCUCUACUCUCCAUCAUUACUUGUUCUUUUCUCAUGUUUAAUUUCUCUGCUCUGCAUAUAUUUCCUUGCUCGGCAUAUCAGGGUGAUGCAAAAUGUGAAUUUUAUUGUACCUUUUUUACCAAAUUUAUUAUAACAUCUUGAUUGUC